UUUAGAAAAAAAAGAAACAACCAAGCACCGAGUUUCAAGAUGGCGGCUUCUAAAGGAGCGAAUACGUACAAUCGUCAAAAUUGGGAAGAGUCUGAUUUCCCAAUUUUAUGCCAGACAUGUCUUGGAGACAACCCAUACAUACGAAUGAUGAAGGAGAAGUAUGGAAAGGAGUGUAAAAUCUGUGCACGUCCUUUCACAGUAUUCAGAUGGUGUCCUGGUGCACGUAUGAGGUUCAAGAAGACAGAAGUUUGUCAAACAUGUUCAAAGAUCAAGAAUGUCUGUCAAACAUGUCUCUUAGAUCUGGAAUAUGGCUUACCUGUACAGGUGAGGGAUGCAGCGUUGAAGAUCCAGGACAACAUGCCAAAGUCUGAUGUAAACAAAGAAUUCUACACACAGAACAUGGAGAAUGAGAUUGCCAAUAGCGAUGGCACUGUUGCACCAGGACAGUUAGGGAAAGCCCAGACACCUAGUGACAUGUUACUGAAACUGGCACGCACAACACCAUACUACAAACGGAAUAGACCCCACAUCUGCUCCUUCUGGGUUAAAGGGGAGUGUAAGAGAGGAGAGGAGUGUCCCUACAGACAUGACAAACCAACAGAUCCUGAUGACCCUUUGGCAGAUCAAAACAUCAAGGACAGAUUUUACGGGAUGAAUGACCCAGUGGCAGACAAACUGAUGAACCGCUACAGUAAUAUGCCAAAGUUAGAUGCCCCAGAGGACAAAUCAAUCACUACACUGUAUGUUGGGAAUCUCGGGGACAAAAUAGGAGAAACUGAACUCAGAGACCACUUCUACCAGUUUGGAGAAAUCCGAUCGAUUAACAUCGCCAGUAAGCAGCAGUGUGCGUUUGUACAGUUUACAACACGACAGGCAGCUGAGAAUGCCACAGAGAAGUCUUUUAAUAAAUUGAUCAUGGGUGGGAGACGUCUUAACAUCAAGUGGGGUAAAUCUCAAGCCCAGCUUGGUGUCACAAAGAAAGAUGGAGAGGAUUCAGAAAAAGCUCUUGAGCCAGUUCCUGGUCUUCCAGGGGCCUUGCCUCCACCACCGGAAGAAAUUGCAAAUAAUUUCUUCAAUCUACCCAAUGCCCCCAACCACCACCUUCCCAUGCCACCUGGUCCCCCAAGAGGAAUGCCACCUCGUCUAAUUCCCCCAGGUGCUCACAUGAUGCCAUUUGGAAUGUUCAGAGGACCUCCUCCUCCAGGUGUGAGGUUACCUCCCCCUCCCCCAGGGAUGAUGCCUAUGCGCCCGCCCCCCAGGGUGAUGAUGGGCACCAACAUGCCAGUUCAUUACCCCUCGCAAGACCCAACAAGGAUGGGUGCAGUCGCCACAAGUAGCAAGUCAUAAUUGUGUCAGAUCAUCAUUCCCGGUGUUCUCUUAACGUCAUUGUAAUACUGUGAAAUACAUGGAAUGGAAUACAGUUUGAUGGACAAAGUGGUGAGGGGUACUGGUCUGCAAUAAAGUUCCGAGUAUAUCAUUGGUGACAUUAUUUGUCAGUUAUUUCAUUGGAGACAUCUUGUCACUUGGGACUCUGCCAUUGGAACACAGGAUGUAGAGCAUUUGGUAUAACACCAACAGAAACAAAAUAUGUCAAAAAGGAUGCAAGAGGCAUAGCCUUUCAGCAAUGGCACACUUUUUGACAGGGGACACAAUUGGCAGGGAGGUGGGGGGGUGUCAGUGGGGACACAAUAUGUCAUUUAUGUAGCAACGCGAAGAAUAGUUUACAGGAAUACAACUGGCUCGAGGAACAAUGGCGAGUACAGAGUACAAUGGAUCUAAAUAGAAGUUUUUAGAUGUUACUAAAAAUGGAAACAAAUGCAAGUUAUAUAAAUAUUGAUACCACAAGAGGGAGAGUCUGGGUGAAGUAUGUAGAUACAUAUAUAAUACAUUACUUAUGACAUACAAAAUAAACAGUGGUAGGAAAUUUAUAUAGGUGUUGCUACCUAUUCUUGGUGACAGGAUUCCACUUGAAACACACUUUGCCACUUCCUUUGGUCUUUUAAUGAAUUUUACACAAACCAUCUGUUUUACAUUUGGUUUUUUAAAAUAAUAUUUAAGGAAAUACUUGGGUCUUUCAAUGUUUCUCAUGUGCAGAUUGCUAUUUUACCUUCAUCUAGAUACAUUUGUAUAAUCUUUAUGUAAUUUAGUAACUGAGAGAUCUGAUGUAAAAUGAUAUCACAGUUGUGUUUUGCAUGAAAAUUGUAAAUCUUUCAGUGGAAUGUAUAAACAAUAAUAAGCUUACGACUUUCUUGUGAAACAUUGUUGUACAGAAAAAUAAAUAUUUGUAGGAAAAUAAUGAGAGAUUGUGCAUUGAAUCUUGAAGAGUGGAAUGAUGUCGGUAUAAAACAUGUAGGGUUGGAUUCGUGACUGGUCAAGUCUUACAUUGUGAAUGAUUUGUGUGAAUGAAUAAAGAGAAAAAGAGCUCAA